AUGCUCCUUCUUCAUCAUCGUCUCCCUUUUCAUCUCUUUCAUCUUUUCAAUAUUUCUUUUGCAUUGCACUUUUUCUUCUUCUUCUUCUUCUUGGCUUUUUUUAUUCUUCUUCUUCUUUUUUUUUUAUUCUUCUUUCUUUUUCUUUCUUCAUCAUCAUUUAUUUUCUUUUUUUCUUUCUUUUUCUUUCUUUCUUCUUCUUCAUUUCAUUUUUUCAUUCUUCUUUUUUUUUCUUUUUUUUUUCUCAUAAUUAUUGUUCUUUUCUUCUUUCUUCCUUUUUUUCCUUUUCUUCUCUUCUUCUCUCUCUUUUUUCUCUCUCUCGAUUUCAUUGAAUUUCUUUAUUUUUUGUUAAUCUUUUCUUUUCCUCUUUCUCCUCCUCUUCAUUCUUUCUUCUAUUUUCUCCCUCCACCCACCUCCAUUUUAAUUUUUUCUGCUUCAUCAAACCUCUUUUCCCCCACCUCUUUAAUUUUUCCUUCUUUUUUCGCAACGCAAGCACCCCCUCCUAUUUCUCCUUUCUCUUCUUCUUCUUCUUCCAUUUCUUCUUUUGCAUUCUUCUUCUUCCUAUUCUUUUUAAUUUUCUUCUCCUUUUUCAUUGUUUUUUUCUUCUUCCUUUUUCUCUUCUUUCAUUUCUUCUUCUACGCCUUUUUCUUCUUACCUUGCAUCUUCUCUUUCUUCUUUUUCUUCUUCUUCUUUACUUUCUUCUUUUUCUUCCUCUUGCUUUUCUUCUUCCUCUUCUUCUUUUUUUGUCUUUCCUCUUCAUCAUCAUCUUCCUUUUCUACUUCUUCCUUUUCUGCUUAUUCUUCCUUUUCUUUCAUCCUCUUCUUCUUCAUUAUCUGCCUUUUCUUCUCUGUGUUUUCUUCUUCGUCUUCUUUAUCCCUUUCUUCUUCAGCCUUUUAUUCUUCUUCCAUUUCUUCUACUUCUUUUCUUCUCCCCUUUCAUAUUCUUCUUCUGCCAUAUCUUCCUUUUUUCUCUCCUCCUUUUCCUCCAUCAUCAUCAUCAUCAUCAUCUUUUUUUUCUUCUUCUUUUUUUUUGUUCUUCUUCUUUUUUUCUUUUCUCAUUUCUUCUUUAAAUCUUUUCCCAUUUCUUCUUUUUCAAGAUUUCUGCUUCCUAUUCAUCUAUCUAUCUAUCUAUCUUCAUCUAUCUAAUGUCUUUAUUAUCUAUCUAUUCUUCAUCUAUCUAUUUAUUCUCUAUCUAUCUAUCUAUCUAUCUAUUAUCUAUCUAUCUAUCUAUCUAUCUAUCUAUCUAAUUUACCCAUAA